AUGGUUCGCCAAAAAAGCCGCUGGGUGCUAGGGUCGGUUGUCUGGGCAGACGACGUCGAUAAAACGCGCAGAGUUUGCCUUACCCCCUCCAAUCUGCAAGAAGCUCUACGAGCAGCGGUGGCGGAAUGCUGGGGCGCUCUCGGAACGGCCUACCUGGCGUCUUCGCUUCGCGUCGCUCACGUUGGCCAAGGCGGUGAGCCUUGUCCCCUUUUUGUUCUUCAAGUUGACAGGGCGUAUUGCCAAGAACUUCUUGCAGUCCUCAAGGCGAUCCGGGAGCUGGGCGACCGGCGCUGCCGCGUCUGUGUCGUGCAUGUCGGUGGAACUCUGCGCAGUGGCAGACGAGAGGUCGAAGAGCGUAUCAAGUCUCUCUUUCUUGCACAGCUUGCACAGAUGCAGGAGGGCGCAUGCUCAAUUUGA